AUGGGGAACUCUCCACUCUCACGAGAAUUCACGGGAUGGCGUAUGUCACCGGACGAGCGUGAAGCUACAAAGCGGUUUGAUGAGAAGGAGAUGCGACUACUUCGUAAAACCUUCAAAGGUUUAGCGCACGCUAAAGACGGUAUCGGUGUUGAUAAGGAGACUUUCCUCAAGUGUUUUCCUAUGCGCGGACUCUUGGGUGAGAGGUUGUUCGACGUGAUGAACAAGAACGGUUCCGGUUCAAUCAACUACACCGAAUUCGUGUACGGCCUUGCUAUCCUCUUCAGAGGCUCAGAGAAGGAGAAACUCCAGUUUAUCUUUGACCUCUGCGACCCCAGCGAAGCUGGCUCCGUCUCACGACACGAGCUGAUGACAAUGAUGCACCAAUUCCCUGAAUCAGCACUCAAGUAUCUCAAACCGAAGAUGAACCUCGAAGAAGACAACAAUUCGACAAAAACGUCGACUCUGACCAAAGCCAUGGACGAGAUUGAGGCUUUGGUUGAUGUGGUGUUUUCACCUCAAGGAACACCACGAACACGCCUAAGCUUUGACCAAUUCUAUCACUGGUGUGAAAACACACCGGGUGUCACCAAAUUCAUGAUAAGUGUCCUGCCUGUUGAGAAUCGCGCGGUUCGAGAUAGCUCCCAUAACCUACAAGGCACCCACACAGCACUUGUGACCCCAGUACACGAAUCUAACUUGCAGUCUAGGACUGACGAGAAUGGGGGACUUUGCCAGAAGCGAAAAUCGAUCGUAGACCUGCAUGUCAAAACGAGUGCAGUCCCUUCCGCAGACGGAUUUACCCGAAAGCAGCUCGAGAAGACUCGCGCUUUACUCCAGGAAUCCAAUUACAUCUGCACUGCUGACAGUGUGACUUUGAAGAUCCAGUCAGCAUUAGCUCAAGUAGACCGCUUGCUUGCACUCCCGACAAGCCCUUCGACGUCUGUAUCAAGAUGUGGAUCAUUCACUAGUACAGGUGGAACUCCGACUCGAUCGCAAGAGCUUGAUGGUAUAUCAAACGUGUUCAUGGUGAAGAAUUCGGAGACCAGUGUCUCCGGUGACUUGUGGAAACGGGGUUCGCGUCUACAUAAGAUGAUCAAGCGCUACUACGUAGUGCAGGGUAAUUUCCUGUACUCGUAUGCCUCUCGAGAUGACACAUCACCUCGCGGGGUGACUUUCUUGGGUGAUUGCUAUGUAGAGAUGCAUCCAGUGCAGGCCAAGACUGGCGACAAAGAGGUCAACUAUUUUGGAAUUGACAUUGUCCCAGAGCCUGGUAGUACCCACAAUAAGCGCACAGUAUUUGCACGCUCACAAGAAGCUCAGAAACGCUGGACAGCGGCAUUGCACUGUGCCACGGAUAAAAUCUCCAUUGAAGAAGUGUACAGCAUUGAAGCACAACUCGGCCACGGACGUUUUUCCAAGGUGUGCGAAGCCACACACAAGCACACUGGUGCAAAGUCAGCGGUGAAGAUCAUUGAUAAAAGCAAGUUGCAGCCCGAAGAGAAGGAAUUGUUGCGGACCGAGAUUGCCAUUCUGAAGCUCGUGCAUCACCCAAACAUCAUUCGGCUUUACGACGUGUACGAGGACCGUCAGCAUAUCUUCAUCGUCACGGAACUCGUGUUAGGUGGUGAGCUGUUUAAUCAUAUUGUAGGCCGUGCAAGAUAUACCGAAGCUGAAGCUCGCCUUGUCAUGCGUCCACUCCUUGAAAGCGUCAACUAUUUGCAUCGAUUGGGCAUUGUACACCGAGACCUCAAGCCAGAAAAUAUCCUCUGUGGUGAAACACUUACAGACAUGAAGAUUGCAGAUUUUGGGCUUUCGAAGCUCAUUUACCCGGAUGAGGUCAUGAAGUUGCCUUGUGGAACUCUAAACUAUGUAGCCCCAGAGGUGUUGGCCCUCGUGGGCUAUGGACGUGAGGCCGACAUGUGGUCACUUGGAGUCAUCAUGUACUUAUUGCUCAGAGGCAAGCUUCCAUUCUACGGUACGACCAAAAGUGAACUCAUCCAGAAUACGAUACACGCGGAAGUGAACCUUGGAAUGGAUCCAGUUUGGCGAAACGUGUCUUCAGCGGGGAAGGCAUUGUUAUCUGGCAUGUUGACGAAAGACCCUGCUCGUCGAUUUACUGCUCAAGAGGCGACAUUGCACGACUGGUUCUUGAUGUAG